AUGCCUCUACCUCAAUACUCUUACACUGGUCCCAUUGACCAUACCAUCUCGCCUGAUCUAAGCAAGAUCCGUGGCAAAUCCGUCAUCAUCACUGGAGGCGCCAACGGCAUGGGCGAAGAAUGCUUGCGCAAGUUCGUGACCCUUGGAGCAUUCGUGACCUUUGGCGACGUGAACGAUCGUGGUCGGGACAUUGAAACGGAGCUAAAUGCAAAUGGCGAAUGCUGUGCCUUCGUCAAGUGUGAUAUCCGCGACUGGGACCAACAGGUGGCCAUGUUCAAGACCGCCAAGAGCCGCAGCCCAACGAAAUCCGUGGACGUGGUCAUAGCCAACGCAGGCAUCAGCCGAAGCUCAGGUGACAGCCUAUGGAAUCUGGAUGAUCCAGACGACGACCCAGUGAAGCCCGACUUGAACAUUGUGGACGUGAACCUGAAAGGUACACUCUAUACGUGGAAGCUUGGUGUUCACUACUUUCGACAACAGCCAGAGACAGAUGACCGUGAUCGGUGUUUCAUCAUUACGGGAAGUAUGGUCGCUUGGAUAGAUUCUCCUGGGAACUGGGAGUAUACCACUACCAAGUAUGGACUACGCGGGUUCAUGCGGACGGUUAGACGAUCUAGCUGGGAGCAAGGUAUUCGUAUCGCAUAUGUCGCGCCAUGCUGGAUCAAAAGUGCGAUUCGGUCAGCUGAGUAUGAGAAAUGGUUAAUCGAUCAUGGUAUCGACUUUGGUGAGCCCGAGGAUGUUGCCAAUUGCAUGUUAAGAAUCGCUAGUGAUAAGAGGACCAACGGUCGUUCCCUUAUGAUCGUUCCACGUUCCGUGGCCAAGCAAGGUUAUAUGGACAUCGACAGGGAAGACUACAAAGACGCCCCCGAAGACGAAUAUUUGAGGAGGACUCAAGAGACUCAACUGGUCAUCAUAGAAGACAAAUGGAGGGACGACUUUAAGCGCCUAGAUAUCGACUUCGUCUUCACACAUGGAGGGUCUAGUCAAGUAGCUUCGUAUUUGUACUUUGUGCCCGAAACGACGGCCUAUCAUGAGGUGGCCCACAUGCAUAACGCGGUUUCGGAAGUCGCUUCAUCAUUGAACAGUGAGGAGUUCUGA